AUGAAAGAUUUAGCGAAGCCGGAGAAUCCGUACAGUCGUCGUCGUCGGAAUCUUCUAUGUCAUCAGAUUUGGGAGAACAACAACAAGACGACUCCACGUGGAGGGAUCUCGAAGAAACCAAUCAUUAGCUCGAGCAGAAGCGCGUUGACGCUUGCUAUGGCGGUUGCUGCUGGGGUUAUGAACGGAGGAGGAGGAGAAGGAUCUUCCUCCGGCGGAGAUUCUUCGUCUCCGGGAUCAAGUCCGACGAACUCGGGAUCUCCUCCGAGGCAGAGGCAUAAUCAGAGGAUGAUGAUGCUUCCUCCUUUGUAUCCUAGGAGUCAAGGGUCUUUUGGUAAUUUGACAUCGUCUCAGUCGUCGUCUGGUUUUUGUGCAUGGAGAUCGUACUCCGUGGCUGAUUUUCCGACUUGUUUUCCGGCGACGGCGAGUGACUCGUAG